AUGCGCUCAGUCACUAAUGCAUUUGGCAAUAGUGGAGAACUUAACGAUCAAGUGGAUGAAACAGGUUAUAGGAAGUUUGAUAUCCAUGAAGGAAUUUUGUUUUGCAUUGAACUAUCAGAGACAAUGUUUAAAGAGUCCUCUGAUCUAGAGUAUAAAUCACCAUUGUUGGAAAUUCUGGAAUCACUAGAUGAGCUAAUGUCACAAUUGGUCAUAACAAGACCUGGGACAGCUAUUGGUUGCUAUUUUUAUUACUGUAACAGAGAGGAUGCCAAGGAAGGUAUCUAUGAACUUUUUCCAUUAAGGGAUAUAAAUGCUACAUUUAUGAAGAAAUUGAACGAUCUUUUAGAAGAUUUAUCAUCGGGGAGAAUAAGCCUAUACGACUAUUUUAUGUUUCAACAAACUGGGAGUGAAAAGCAAGUGCGCUUAUCUGUAUUAUUCACAUUCAUGCUUGACACUUUUUUGGAAGAGAUUCCGGGUCAAAAGCAAUUAAGCAACAAGAGAGUGUUCUUAUUCACUGACAUUGAUAAACCACAAGAGGCGCAAGAUAUCGAUGAACGGGCAAGAUUGAGAAGGCUUACAAUUGAUUUAUUUGAUAACAAAGUGAAUUUUGCAACUUUUUUUAUUGGCUAUGCCGAUAAACCAUUUGACAACGAGUUUUAUUCGGACAUACUGCAGUUGGGUUCACAUACAAAUGAGAAUACUGGUUUGGAUUCUGAAUUUGAUGGUCCAAGUACAAAGCCUAUAGAUGCUAAAUACAUCAAGUCCAGAAUCCUAAGGAAAAAGGAGGUAAAGAGGAUAAUGUUUCAAUGUCCAUUAAUCUUGGAUGAGAAAACAAAUUUUAUAGUCGGAGUCAAGGGUUACACUAUGUAUACCCAUGAAAAAGCUGGAGUCAGGUAUAAACUUGUUUAUGAGCAUGAAGAUAUCAGACAAGAAGCAUAUUCAAAAAGAAAAUUUUUAAAUCCUAUAACAGGAGAAGACGUUACUGGUAAAACUGUCAAGGUUUAUCCUUAUGGUGACCUCGAUAUCAAUCUAUCAGAUAGUCAAGAUCAGAUAGUAAUGGAGGCUUAUACUCAAAAAGAUGCGUUUUUGAAGAUUAUUGGGUUCCGUUCAUCGAGCAAAUCGAUACACUAUUUCAAUAACAUAGACAAAAGUUCGUUUAUCGUACCAGAUGAAGCAAAAUAUGAAGGUUCGAUAAGAACCUUGGCUUCUUUAUUAAAAAUUUUGAGAAAAAAAGAUAAAAUUGCAAUAUUAUGGGGGAAGCUUAAAUCAAAUUCACAUCCUUCACUAUAUACGUUAUCACCCUCAAGCGUGAAGGACUACAACGAAGGAUUUUAUCUCUACAGGGUUCCAUUCCUAGACGAAAUUCGAAAAUUUCCUAGUUUACUAUCCUAUGAUGAUGGCUCUGAACAUAAACUAGAUUAUGAUAACAUGAAAAAAGUAACUCAAAGUAUAAUGGGAUACUUUAACUUGAGGGAUGGAUAUAACCCAUCCGAUUUCAAAAACCCACUAUUACAAAAACAUUACAAAGUUUUACAUGAUUACCUGUUGCAAAUUGAAACCACUUUUGACGAAAAUGAGACACCUAAUACUAAAAAAGACAGAAUGAUGCGUGAGGACGAUUCUUUAAGGAAACUAUAUUAUAUACGAAAUAAAAUUUUAGAAUCUGAGAAGUCAGAAGAUCCAAUCAUCCAAAGGCUAAAUAAAUAUGUUAAAAUCUGGAAUAUGUUCUACAAAAAAUUUAACGAUGAUAACAUUUCGAUAAAAGAAGAAAAGAAGCCCUUUGAUAAAAAGCCGAAAUUCAAUAUAUAA